AUGCUUGAAAGACAUAACUCCAAAGGAAUACUUUACCGACAGCCAUCUCUGAGGAAUAUUAACAAACAUAGCUGCCUACAGAGGCAAAAAUCUCGAAAAUCGUUUGUAAGACAACAGACAUUGAGUGUGUUGGGCCACCUAACUGACGUCAACAACAACGACAGUGUUAACACGUGCGGCAACGACGCUGACGUUAUAAGUCUGAAAGUACGCCGUCUGCUGCUAAAACACACCAAACUCGGAUUUAUCCAAAGUUUUGCAAAUCUUUCAAUCGGAACUAGCACAGAAGUUUACAACAACAACAACAACAACACUCCAAAACGCAUUCCUAGUGAGAGCGAUCGUUUGGUACGGGACUGUCAAAUGCCUGACUCAGUCUUCCGUGAACCGGAAAUAGCGUCUAAAACCAUCAACAAAGAGGAGUUCGAACUCGGGCGGGUACUUGGUUCGGGCGGAUUCGGGUCUGUGUAUCUGGGUGUGUAUAAGAAGCAGAAAGUUGCAAUCAAGGUCAUGCACAAAUAUAUGAAGAAUCCUGCCGCUCAGAUUGAGAGCUUCCGGGCUGAGUUGCACGUCAUGCGCUUUAAUCAUGCUAACAUCGUGAAAACGCUUGCUGCGACUCAUAUUGACAAGUGCAACGAAGGCGCAUGGGUUGUCAUGGAAUACAUUGGUUCUGGAAGCCUACAUGCCGUCCUUAACGACCCGGAAGAGAUCAUCCACAGCAAGAGACGCUUGAAAUACGCAAUCCAAAUUGCCAGCGCGCUUGCCUACGCACACAAGAACAAAGUGGCUCAUUUGGAUCUCAAACCUCAAAACAUCCUCAUCACCGAAGAUGAUAACUGCAAGGUCGGGGACUUCGGCUGCUCGCAGAAGGUUGAAUUUGACACUGGGAUCGUGAGCCCCACUAACCGCUCCAUCCUGACCGGAACCUUCGCCUACCGUGCGCCGGAACUGCUCAAAGGUGAGGCGCCCACUUUCAAGGCAGACCUCUACUCGUAUGGGAUCACCUUGUGGCAGCUACGAAGCCGCGAGACGCCGUUUAGCAGUCAGAAUCAGCACGUGGUUAUCUUUGGCGUCGUCGCGAAGGGCCUCCGACCACCAAAUAUUAAUCCGGAUGAGGCGGACCCAUUUGAAUUGAGCUACAAGGAUAUGUACACACAGUGCUGGGUUGCCAACCCGCUAGAUAGACCAACCGCACAAGAAGUCGUGGACGUCCUUACCAUAUGGAAGAACCACAUGUGA